CACCUCGCCCUGCUUGUUUCUCUUUACCAGCGUACAUAGUAGAACUCGAACUCUCAAAAUCAAUCCAGUCGAGUCUUAUUGGACCGAAUCUGUAAUCUUUGUGAGCUGGGUUGAAUAAAGCGUUCCUCCUGGCAGUUGAUUUGGGGCGAUGUGAUGGUAAGCUUUGAAAUAAGGCCUUGGGGGUGAAAGUGUCGACAGUGUCAGGAUGCGACAGUGAUUUAUCAACAGUCUUUCUGUCCAGUGCAAGUCGGAUAUGAUAGCUGUUUAACAUACUGUGGGCUUUCGAGAGGAGCCCAUUGAUACCGCGUAAUGUAAGAUAGAUCCGAGUCUGAGCCAGCGCUAGUCAGCUGAGUGCCGCGGAAUUACUGCGAUCAUCGCCACUCCAUCUUCAACAAAGCUUGUUCCUCAUCCAGAUGGACUCCGACCAAUAUUCGCUCAACGUCCGCUUUUGCGAGAUCUGUGCUGCUUUUCUCAGCAAGAACGGCAAGGAUAGUGUCCCAUCUCUGACUAGGGCACUGGAUACGAUUGCUAAUGACCUUGCAAGAAAUGGGGAGUUGAGGAUCCGUAUGGGGUCGGAGGACCCUUCGAUAUGGCUGUCCCUUCAGCAGUUGUGGGAUUUCCUUGCAGAUUAUCCCUCAGCCGAUGCGGAUAUCGCAGAAUUGCGCGUGCUCGUAAUAAGCGUCGCCAGAUUUACUAGGAAUAUUGUUGCAGGUGUUGCAGUGAACCAGCAGAGUGCAUUUGGAGUCGAGCUAGCUCUUCGCCGUAUUCUGCAUCUGUACAGCUCCUGGUCUGCGUUUCAAGUUACGGAUUCUUUUCCGGCUACUAGGAUGGCCGUUCAGGCGCUCUCAAACAUUGUUACCACCAACGAGGAUCUCGCGUCUCACCUUUGGAAUACUUAUCUUACUCUGCCUGAGGAUCAGGUGAUACUCAUUCGCUUGCUCGGCUCCCCUGACCAUAAGACCAUCCUAUCAGUCUUGGUACUUAUGGUAAACUGCAUUCACGAUAGCACCGAGCGUCGUUCUUUACUUACGAAGUCGCGCGGGGGGGUUCGAAUAUGCAUAACGCUUUUGGACCGCAUGGUCCUAUUGUACGACGCGGAAGAAUCUACCGACGGGGCAAAAGCGUUUGACUAUGGGUAUCAUUUGUUUGCCCACUUAUUUGACGGCGGCUUUGCGCCGGAUCUGUACAACUCUUUGUCUGUUGAAGGGGAGAUAAUUGCGCAGCACCAGACUACCCUUCUGAAACUCCUCGACUCAUACCUACAAUCAUCGCAAACCUGUCCUGUACAUUCUGAUAUGUGCCCUAUGUUGUCGGAAAUUUUCCUCUCGCUCUCGUUAUACUCGCAGUCAGCAAUUACACGAGCUAUUAAUCCCAUCAAUUCGAGGCCAAAUUUGGAUGGUUCCAUCGAAUACUUGCAAGAACUUGAUUUAUUACUGCCAAAAUCGUGCGAGGCCCUCGUAUUAGCAACUCAAUGUAUCGUCAAAAUUUCGUUACUAUCCGAGGACCAGCGGACCGUGGAUCCAUCCAGUGUAGACUUACGAGCAGUCUUCCGAGAUGCCAGUUCAACUGACGGUCAGGGCGCUGCUGAGAGUGUUAUAGAACUCUUACGGCUUCUUGACGUGUUUCUUCCACGCAUUUACUUUGGCAAACCUGUCUUAAAUCCCACGACAGAUCAAAGCACCCCAUCGUCAGUUGCAGGAUCCAAUGGAUUCUCGUAUUUAAAACGAGAUCUUGUGCGUUUAGUCGGGGUACUUUGCCAUCGAGAUAAGACAUUCCAGGACCGCAUUAGGGUAUGCGGGGGCAUUCCUGUUAUUAUGAAUAUGUGUGUUGUGGACGAACGCAACCCGUACCUUCGAGAACAUGCUAUAUUAGCACUUCGGAACCUGUUGGACGGCAACAAGGAGAAUCAGGACGAAGUAAACAGCAUUCAACCAUCCGGAUAUUGGGAUGAAGCGGGCGUGUUGCGCGAGAAAGUUGGAGCUACGCUGAGAUAGAUACGACGAAUGGCUGUAAAAGCAUCAGACCAUGGAUAAUU